AUGGCGAUACCGCAGCCCGCUGCCGCAUCGAGAAUUGACACUAUAAGCGCCCCCCUGAAGUUGGAUAGUGGGCCGAGGCGUAGAUACACGCGCAACAAGAACCGGGUUUCUGAAGUCGAGAGACAAGGUGUGGCGAAGAAGCUGAAGAUCGCACCCGUCGUAGCUAGUAACGAGGACGCGGAUAACGGAAAAGCCCUGGUGGUUUUCGAACCCAAGGUUCCAGAAUUAGCGGGUGCCGGAGGGGAGGAGUCGUGGGCUAAAACUUCGGACAGUUAUCAUACAUCGACAGCCAAAGGCUCAGAAAGGACGGCUCGAAGAACGUCGAGAAUGGAUGCGAAAAUGGAGCCGCUGGGUGAAGAGUCUCCCUUAGCCAUUGUACCUUGGGAAGGAUCGAGGCGAGAGUCGGGAAGGGAGGUGCGAGGGUCGAGCAGGGAGCUGCGCAUGCUGCACUCGUACUCGUUACUGCGAAAAAGUUCGCUCCAAGAGAAUGUGAGGCGCGAGGCCCUGGAGCUGCGCAAGCUACACUCGUUUACGUUGCUUAUAAGGAGGGAGUUUACAGCGGAGAUUGAGGAACUGGCGGGAGGAGGAGACGAGACGACGAGGAUCACGCGCGCUGCGAGAAGGAAGGCUGUAGACGGGAGAGGAGGUAGAGGAGCCGGUGGAGGAGCAAGUGGAGGAUCAGGUGGAGGCGCAGGUCGAGGAGCAGGUGGAGGCGCAGGUCGAGGAGCAGGUGGAGGCGCAGGUCGAGGAGGGGGAAGCGGUGAAGGGGGAGGAAGUGGGGAAGCUUGUGAGGCUGGUGAAGGAAGAAGAAUCAUCGGUGAAGGAAAAAACAGUGGGGGAGGAAAGGGAAGUGGAGGAAGAGGUGGAGCAAGUGGGGGUGGAGGUGGAGGUGGAGGGAGGGAUGAAGGAGGUGCGGAUCCGAUCCGAAGUGGUGAAGGUGGCUUCGAGGGAAACAUUAUCACUACUGAGGGCAAGCCGGUUGGGAGUGGUGAGGGCGGGUUCAAGAAAAGCACUACUACGAGCGAGGGCAAGUCGGUUGGGAGUACUGGAGCUAAAGGAUUAGAGUCGAAAGUGGUGUGGGGAAAUGCAGCAGAGGACACGGAGGAAGCGGAGGAAGCGGAGGAAGCGGAGGAAGCGGAGGAAAUGGAGGAGGUAGAGGAGGUGGAGGAAGUGGAGGAGGUGGGGGAUGUGCAGCAGGCAGGUGUCAAAAAGGGUUACCAUGAGGCACCUCGAAACGCGGCGGUGCUCGAAGCGGCGGAGGUGGGGGAAGUAGAGGAGGCGGGGGAGGUAGAGGAGGUGGAAGAGGCAAAGGAAGUGAAGGAAGUGGGGGAAGUGGGGGAGGCGGAGCUGGCAGUUGGCGAACGCGGUCUCUAUGCGGUGGAAGAGGUGGUAGAGUCGGCGAAGGCGGAGGAGGCGGAGAAAAUGGCGGAAGGAGUUGGCGCUGCAGGGAAUGUGGGGCGGCAGAAAAUGUCGGUAGCAGGGAAGAGAGAGGGGGGACGGGGGCGGGGACGGGGGCGCGGACGGGGGCGCGGACGGGGGUGGGGGCGGGGCGAGAGUCGGAGCCUGCAGGGGGAGGCAGCUUGGGCGGGGAAGGUAGGGGGGGCGGAGGAACUGGGGGGGAUGGGGAGGGUGAAGGCGGAGAGGGAGGGCGGAAAGUCAGCGGAAGGGGAGGGGGGAAAGGCGACGGGGAGGGAGUGGGGAAAGAUAGCGGUGGCGGCGGAAUUAAAAAACACAGGAGAGGCGGAAAAACCGAAGUGCGAGUUUGUGGAUCUAACUGAAGAGGAGGAGGAGGGGAACGAGGAGCGGGAGGGGGUCAAGGAGAAGGAAGGGGGAGGGGGAGCUGAGAAGAUGGAAGGGAGCGAGGAGAAGGAGGGGGGCGAGGAAAGGGAGUGGAGCAGGGAGAAAGGAAAAGAAGCGUGCGGGGAUGAAGAAAUGGUGGUGGAAGUGGGGGGGUUGUAUAAAGAGGUGGAAGAGAAAGGGGGUAUGGAGGUGAAAAAGGGGAAAACUAUUGUUGUGGGUAAGGUGGAGGUGGAAGAGGGGAAAGGAGAAGGAAGGAGAGAGGCGAGCAAGCAAGGGGAGAAGGAGCUGAAGGAGGGGGAGGGGCAGAGGAAGGAGGAGCAGCGGGAAAUGGGAGCACAGGGGAAACAGCGUGAGAAGGGAGGGAAGGUUAAGCAGUGUGAGCGAGGAGGGCAGGGCAGGGUUACCAGGUUACUGCGUAACAGCACGGUGCUGAAGAGAGUGGAAGCAGAGCAAGGCGGUGGGCGGCUCAGUGGGCGGCACAGUGGGCGGCAGCAGCAGAGGGAGAUGGAAGGGGGAGGAGAGCAUGAAGUGGUGGGAGAAGGGGAGGGGGAAGGAGAGGGGGAAGGAGAGGGGGAAACAAAAGGGGAAGGAGGGGCUGAGGAAGAAGCGGAGUGGUGCAUGGGGAAGAAUGCUGCAGAGGCAGAGAAUAAACCAAUGAGGGAGGAUAAACCUUCUGGUUCCGCUGGUUCUGCUAGCAAAGUUGGCGAUACGCAUGAGGAGAAGGGGCAGGAAGCUGCUGCGAAGGAGUCUGGGGCGGCUGGAAGUGGGGAGGAGGCUGCAGGAGGGACUGGGAGGAAGAGUGCGCGGAAGGGUGGGGGUAGUGGGGGGAGGACGAGGGGGCGUGGGGCGAUGGGGGAGGGAAAGAGUGAGGGGAGUGGGGUUAAGGUAGGGGGGAGUGGGGCAAGUAGGGGAAGCAGAAGGAGGGCAGUGGGGGGGAGUAAAGGAGGAGAGGUAGGAGGGGAAGGAGGAGGCGAGUUGGGAGGGGAAGGGGGAGGAAACAUGGGAGGGAAAGGAGGAGGAAAUGGAGCAGGAGGAGAGGAGAGUGACCAAGUGGGAAGCGAGGAAGAGAGGGAAGGGUUGGGGGAGAGCGAAGGCAUGGGGGGAGGAGAGGAGAGCGAAGAGAGCGAGGGCAUGGGUGAAGGAGAGGAGAGCGAAGAGAGCGAGGGCAUGGAAGGAGAGGAAAGCAGGGGCAUGGAAGGGAAAGCGAGAGGGAGGAGGAGGAGGCGGAACGCAGGAGGGAGGAGGAGGCGGAACGCAUACAUUGCAGAGCUGGUGGAGGCGGAGAGGAGAGAGGGGAUGCACACGGGAGAGGACGAGUAUGAGGACCUGGAUGGGUUUAUUGUGUUUGAGAAGGACAAGUACGAGCGCGGCGAGUAUGUGUCUGCUGUUGCUGUGGCGUGGCGAGAGGCUGCUGAAGGCUGGAGGCACGCAGAAGAAGAGUUGAUCCCAGAAGAUGAAUAG